AUGGCCAUUACUAAGUCCAAAGUGUUGAUUAUUGGUGCCACGGGUUACAUUGGGAAGAAUGUGUGCAAGGCCAGUGUAAAACAAGGGCAUCCGACUUUCAUACUCGUUCGAUCUCUCAUCUCUGCCGAUCCUGCCAAGGCCGAGCUGAUAAAGUCAUUUCAGGAGUCUGGAGUCACUGCUCUCAAGAGUCUGGUGUCCGCAUUCCGUCAAGUGGAUGUGGUGAACUCGACGGUGGGUGGAGCAAGCUUGGUCGAUCAGAUCAAGAUCCUCCAGGCCGCCACGGAAGCCGGAACAAUCAAGAGGUUCUUGCCAUCAGAAUUCGGCAUCGAGGUCGACAGGUUGGAGCUGGAGUUUAGAAUGACGGAUGGUCUGUUCGGAGACAAACGAAAGGUCAGGCGAGCAAUCGAGAAGUUUGGGAUACCGUACACGUACGUGGCUUGGUGCCUUCGCAGACUGGACAACAUUGGAACCUUCACCAUAAAAGCCAUUGAUGAUCAUCGCACCCAGAACAGGAUCCUCCACAUCCGACCCAAGGAGAACAUCACCAUCAGCAUUUUUCAAGUUGUAUCAAAUGAAAUAUGA